UGCUUUCCCGAGUCAUUCUAGGGAGUCUCGGCCUUGCAACAACACAGCCAUGACUUCGACCUUCAUCAUUCUUCUGUUCUCUCAGGUGGCUCUUCUGUUGCAAGGGCUCCCUCGCGCUGUUUCGCUUCAAUCGCCGUCUGUAGAAGCCACUAAAUUAGGAUGCCCGGUGGAUACGGAUAUCGCCCCUUGUAUAUGCACCGUCGACAGCGCUACGGCUGAAAUAAACAUGGACUGCUCUGCUGUCCUUGGCGAAAGUGAGCUGAAGAGAAUCUUUGCGACAGAUUUUUUGUUUCCUGACCUUCAUAAAUUGGUGAUCCAGGGCACAGAAAUAGAUCCGGUUCCCAUUCAAACACUGGAAGCAGAUACGUUUGGCAAAGUCUCCUUCAACCAUGUGGUCAUUUCGAACACGGACCUGAGGAGCGUCGCGUCUUCGGCCUUCGCUAAUUCCUUCCCAACAAUCGAGACAAUGGAUGUCUCCAACAACAGAAUCCCCUUCUUCCCCUUCGAGAUUCUAGCGCAGUGCGAGAAACUGACGACGCUGGAUAUCCGAAACAACGUACUGGAACACGUGUCAUUGCUGCACUCGAACAGCCUCCGAUUCUUCGACGCGUCCGGCAACGUUGGACUCCAGUAUGAAGACGAGGUUUUCCAAACGGCUCCGAUGCUGGAAGUCAUCAACCUCAGCAACACCAAUCUCGGCCACAUUGCUCCACUGACAUUCGCCUACCAGCAGAGACUGACGACGCUGGACCUUCAGGGCAACAGCAUAGACUAUCUUUACGCGAACGCCCUCAAGUUCAUGUCUUCCACGCCCACCACGGUCAAUCUAGACAACAACAGGAUCGGUACCGUCGAAAAGGAUGCUAUUACAGGCCUGGCAGCGGGCUCCAUACUUCAGCUCAAAAACAACAUGCUAACAGACCUUCCUCAAGACGUGUGGGAAGAUAUCUUCAUUUUGCUUCAAGGGACUGCGACCAUUGAACUAGACGCUAACUUGAUCGAGUGUGCUUGCAACAUCAAAUGGCUGGUUGGAAAUAGUGUGUACAUGGAUACCUUGGGCGACGGGAAGGAGUGCGACGAUAUGACCUCCAUCCAUGACCCAAGUCUAAUCAACUUCAUCAAUCAACAUUGCUAGAUGGUGUAUAUAUUACUUGCCCGAAGACGUGAAGGCCGUUACGAGCUGAGGCGACAUUUGGGAUGAAAUAUGCACUGUUCGCUUUGAAUAUAGAAAGCGAAUAUGUGUGUAUGGGAGAGAGAGAGAGAGAGAGAGAGAGAGAGAGAGAGAGAGAGAGAGAGAGAGGAGAGAGAGAGAGAGAGAGAGAGAGAGAGAGAGAGAGAGAGGAUGAGUAAGGAUGUAUAACCAAAAUGUUCGCCGAUAUCGCAAAAUAUAGUCAAUUUCCAUUA